AGAAUGGUAUAAAUGAAUAUUUUUAACUGUGAAACUAAGAAACUAUUUAAUAAUCUAUAAUACUGAUAAUACUAAAAAGGUGUUUGAAAUUUUUUUUGUUAAUCCACGAAAAAAGAGAUAGAUUUACUGUUUUAAACAGUUUGCGGAGAAAAAGUAUUUAGCAACAGCUAGUUAUAUAACCACCAGAUAUUAAUUAAUUUAUUGAUACAAAAGUUGUCGCAAUCAAGGAAAAAGAAAGUAAAAACCAUGGCAUCUUUAACGCGCAUGCGUUUGAUAAAUAGUAGGGGGAUCCUGCAAGAGGAAAUAUUCGAUAUUUUUUACCGAAGAAACUCAUCUACGACUGUUUUAAAAAAAAGAAAAAUGGGAAAACUUACUAAAGAAGAACGAGACAAUGACUUAAAACCAUUACUGACAAAUGGUUGGUCUGUGCAAGAAAAUAGGGAUGCUAUUUAUAAAGAAUUCCUAUUCAACAAUUUUAAUCAGGCCUUUGGUUUUAUGACCAGAGUUGCAUUACAGGCUGAAAAAAUGGAUCAUCAUCCUGAAUGGUUCAAUGUUUACAAUAAAGUAAACAUUACCUUAUCUUCUCAUGAUGUGAAUGGUCUAUCACCAAGGGAUAUUAAACUUGCAACUUUCAUAGACAAAGUUGCUAAAGCAGAGGGAAAGUAAAAUUUAAAUUGUAGAAUAAUUGAGCAGAUUUUAAGUUGUUUUUCAAAAAUAAUAAUUUUCGUAAAAUUAAUAUAUUAUGAAAAUUAUA